CCGGGAGAGUAUGCUACGGCAUCCAAAACAAACGUUAAGACGAACGGUGUGGACAGACAAGCGGUUCUCCACCAGCCUUCCCGCCGUUAUGUGCAGUGUCUGACGCCGACUUCCAAGCACCCUCGGUCGCCGCCGUCAUUAUCCACGGAUGUGACUGGAUUACAUGGACUCCUCCUCAUCGUUCCGCGCAAUUAAUGUGUCUGUUUUAGCUAAAAAAAUCGGAGAACUCGCAGAGUUUGUAGCAUAUUCCCCUCUGCCAAUCGUUACUUCCCACGUCACCCGAGCAACGACCAACAGUCGCUCGUAUGAAACUACCCUAGGGGACCUAAAUCCUGCACCCUUGAAGCGCCAGGCAACGCGACCGCGUGAAAAUGAGAAGGCUGCUGCUUUCACCUGUUGGUUUCGUCAUUGUCCUGGCUACACUGUUAGAAUGUCACCCGCCCGAUCGGUGUGUUGCUCAUCAUGGCAGCAGCACUGAUGAAUCGAACGUGUGGUCUCCUCGAGGGGCCCAAUUUGUACCCGGGGCGUCAGAGGCCGCUGUAAAAAAUCAGGUUGGUAUUCCUGACAGUGCCCUUCUGUGGCCGUCGCAAGAUGCUACGGAAACCGGGCUGCGGCCUACGGAGCAAGUAGAGGCACGAUCGUCAUUUCCUGCUGCAAAGCAAUAUUUAUCAGAGGCGGCACCUGCGCGUGGCGACCUUCCACCGCGCGCCACAGGCCUUCUGAGACGUCGAGGAGCUAGAGUGCGAACGGUGAAAGCUCACGAGAUCGGUGUGGAGACUCCAAAAACGUAUGGCUGGGAUCACAGGGUUGUCGACAGUGAGAAGCAGACCACGGCGCCCGUUGCAGAUUCAAGUGGCUUCAUUCAAAUCCCCUCUUCGCGCGCCACGCCUACCACCCUGAACGCUCCGAUUGACCUCCAGGGACGGCGCGAUAUCAGAAACAUCGUCAGGAAUCGACCUCCCGCUGACUCAGAUUUAUCGCGUAGCGAGAUUGCAGCCAAAAACGGAUUCGAGCGAAGAUUUGUCCGGGGUUUACAACUGAAGGUUGAGUCAUUAUUCAGCGGAGGUGUUUUCACGUUGACAGGACCGGCGCAGUUCCUGGGAAUUGGGUCAACGGCAAUUGUGUAUAGUUUGAAUAAGGUGCAAGCGGACACAGCAAGUGCGCCAGAACGGGUGGCGGUUAAGAUAAGCAUCAACAAUCUACAACGCCUAAGAAGCCUUUCUGUUUUUGACAGGCAAGAGUUGCUAGAUAAGACGCCAGAACGCUUUGUCUCAAGCGAAGGCGCAGUGAGGAACCUUCUGCCAGGUGUGACACCAGAAACGGCUCUGGAACACGGAAUUCUGCUACCGCUGGAUAUUUGCCGCGUUACUAACUUGCCGUCCGGUUUUCGUGCUGGCCCGGACUACAAGAUGUUUCCCCGUGUCGCUUUAUUCCCUGUCCUCACUUGCGAUCUUUUUCUUGUCGGUAGGAGCCGUCUAUCACGUGCUGCGAAGUUGCAUCUUACGCGACAGCUGGUGGUGUCUGUUGCGUGGCUGCAUCGUCACGGCGUCGCUCACAAUGACUUGAAGCUUGAGAAUGUCUUUCUCAGUGAAGAAGGGAAGGCUGUUAUUGGCGACUUUGGUUUCGCAGCGGAAGUUGGAACCUCAACAAAACUCCGGUCAACCCCUGCCUUUCUAGACCCGCAAACCGCGGAAGAAUAUCUUCAACGGAAAACGGAAACGGUCGUGACUGAGGAAAGAGAUGCAUGGGCUCUGGGAACUAUCAUAUUUGUGAUUUGGUGCGGAUCUUACCCGUUCUUUUCAUUUGAAGAGGCUGUCCUUCCUCCUGCAGUGUUGUGGCAAAAUGUGGUGUUUAUGUCAAAGACCACUAGACCUGCACCUCCACUUCAGCAUUGUAAGGGGAUGCCAUCUCCAGUGAAAGCCCUCAUAACCGGCUUUCUCCAGUGGAACUCUGACGAUCGACGCCGCCCUCGUGAUGUCGUUGAAGGAUUCCUCGCCGCUACAGCCUCGGAACCAGCGACCUCUUCGGCGACUGCGGCAGAAGGAAGCGUCAGGCCGCGCGCAUCCAGAUCUCAGUGACAGUGAUCUAAAGAACAAACCACUGGAGCCACCACUCCAGCAACAAACAUUCAACAAAACGGUGCCGCCCAGUCGAGUUCCUCAACUGAGAAUGAAACAGU